CCCAACCGCUCACUGCUGGGUACAUCGCCGUGCUGCAUCUGGAGCCGUGAACCUGCCCACUCACCCACGACUUCGGUCUCUCGGCUUCAUCUCCCGUCUAAAAACCCACACUCGCUCCGCGCGUGCACCCCCAUUCAGCACAGCGCCUCGGCCUCCGCAGCACCUCCGAACAGGUCUCCCGCGCCGUCGCGCCCUUCACUCGCCAUGGAGGAAACAAAGCAAUGGGGCCUCACGAAACCCAUUUCCAUGGCUGCGCCCACCAAAGUCGACCUCGAACUCAAUGAUCGCUUAGUCGAAGACUUGAAAGCGCGCGAGAACUUCGAGACCCCCGAGGGCUCGGAAACCAGGAAGCAGGUUCUUGCCCACUUCACCAAAGCCGCCAAGAAGCUCGUUGCUACCGUCGCCAUCAAAAAGGGCCAGACGCCAGAAGCCGCAGAGAAGCUCGGCGCAAAGGUUUUCCCCUUCGGCAGCUACGCCCUCGGUGUCUUUGGGCCUUCCUCCGAUAUCGAUACUUGCAUAGUCGGCCCCAAGUCUGUGUCUCGCGAAGACUUUUUCCACGAGUUUCGGGACAUCUUCUACGGCAUGAGCGACAGCAAAGACAUCACCGAGUUCGUCAUGGUCCCCGACGCCUUCGUCCCCAUCAUCAAGAUCGAAUACCGCGGCAUCGCCAUUGACUUGGUCUAUUGCUCUCUUCGCACCCAGGCGACCAUUGCGGAUGACAUAGAUCUCAUUGGCGAUACAUCCAUCUUGCAGAAGUUGGAAGAUGUGGAUAUCCGGACCAUCAACGGCCCCCGUGUGGUUCAAGAAAUGCUACAAGCCGUUCCACAACUCAAGUCUUUCCGAUUCGCACUGCGAACCAUCAAACUCUGGGCCAAUCAGCGAGGAAUUUACGGUGCUGUGUUUGGCUUUCCCGGCGGUAUCGCUUGGGCCAUUAUGGUUGCCCGGAUCGCCCAAUUGUUCCCCAUGGCCUGUGGUGCGACGCUUGUGUGCAAAUUCUUCAACCUGAUGUUGCGAUGGCCCUGGCCCCGUCCGGUCAUGCUGAAGGAGGUUGAUACCAAAAAUCCCUUAAAUCAUCAAGUCUGGAAUCCGACCCAGGACCGCGUUGCCAAAGGUCACAUCAUGCCAGUCAUCACCCCCGCUUACCCCCAAAUGUGCUCCACACAUGGCGUCACGCGUAGCACCAAGGCCGUCAUGGAGGACGAAUUUCAGCGCGGAGCCGACAUCACUACCAAGAUUCAAAACGGAACAAGCACAUGGGACGAGCUGCUACAGCGCCACUCUUUCUUUACUAAAGAUUAUCCCCGUUAUCUGAGCGUCAUCGCGACUAGCUUAACUGCCGACGCAGACGAGAAUUUCAAGGGUCUCGUCAAAUCGAAAAUCACGAGACUUUCUCGAGCUAUCGAAGAUACUGAUCCAAACGACAAAACUGCUCGUCCGUAUAUGAAGGAAUUCGAUCGCGUCCAUCGGUGCGUCAACGCCGAUCAGAUCGAGCGCGUCAAGCAGGGGUCUAUGGAUUACUUGGUAAAGAAGGGUGACUCCCAGAACGACGAGACAUCCGCAGAUGCUUCAAACACCCUAGUGUAUACAUCUACGCUUUACAUUGGGCUUUAUGUGCCCGAAGGCUCCAAGACUCUCGACAUAUCCUACCCGGUCUCAUCGUUUAGGAGUAUGGUUGAAGAGAACAACAAGAACUGGGACUCCGAGAAGAUGUUCUGUCGUAUCGUUCACACGCGCAACGUCGAUCUUCCUGACGAUGUCUUUCUCGACGGAGAGACAAAGCCUGCAAAGAAGAAGAAGAAGCCGCACCGGACCAACGGCGCAACGGCGAGAUCUAGGAAGCGGCAGCACAACGGAAAUGAGCCCGAAGUCUAUAAAGAAACAAGCUACCACCAGCAUUUAUGGCCUCGCACUGUCCAUGCUGGCCCAAGCAUAGCAAUGCUGACUUAUCGGCUGGGGCAAGUUCGAGACCCUCGUUCGCCUUUCUUUCCCAUCCCUGGAACACCGGAGGUAUCGCGCUUUCUAGCACCAUCUUCAUCUGAGUUACGGUUUUACUACACCGCUGCGAGGGCAAGAACAUCACUCCACCGACCGCCAUGACAUGUUUGCCAGAGUAUUCAGUUCUACAUGCUCGCCACCAUAUGAGUCACCAAGGUUUCAAGCGUUCUCGCUGUAGAGAAACCUUUAAAGCCACAAAACAGAACAAAAAAACGUGAAAACGUAACAAGCCUUGAUAACGAGCUCACUCGUUUGCAUCGCGAAAAGCAGCACCAGAUGAGUGCAACAAAAAAACCAACACAAAAGUCGAUCAGCAUCAACUGGUUAUCGUCGUCAUUAAACCACCUCUCACAAUCCCCGAACUGGUCGGAACUUCUCUUUUGUACCUUUUUAUCUGCUCUUACCAAAUGGUAAUUCACAUGGCGUUUAUUUGGGAGCCCAUUACCCCCCGGGGGUCAUCAUGCAUAUUGGGGCAGGCGAGCGAUCUGGAAACCAAAAGGGAUGGUGAACUUUUUUGGCGUUUGGAACAAAGAGGGGUCAGACCAAAUCAACGGAUGGGAAUUGCCCCAUAACGCAUUGGGGGCGUCUUGGCACCUGGAAUGGGGGGUGUUUUUCAAAUUUGACUUGUAAUAAUACCACCACC